AUGAUUUCGGCGCCGCCGCCGGUCUCAUCGGGCACAGAUCCACCGUCGGAGGAUCAGAAUGACACGUCGAAAGGGAAUGGGAACGGUGACUCUUCGGGGAAGGUACAUGGAAGUAAGGAACGUGCUCCAAAAGCUACAUCGUGGGUUGAUGUAGCUCAGGAGAAAAAAGCUUUGAGGAGAUACAAUCUCCACAUCACGAAUCUGGAAGGGCAACUCAGUGUAGAGAUUCCAGAUGAAGUGGUCGUCAACGCGAACCCACUUUGGGAGGAUUUUCUGAUAGGGAAGUUUUUGGAUUCUGCGCCUCACAUCGCUAGAAUCCAUGCCGUGGUAAACAAAAUCUGGAGAGAAGGAGGAAAGGGGCAACUUGUAGAGGUGUACGUAGUCGAUUCUACCACAAUGAAGUUCCGAGUCCCAGACCCACAAAUGAGAGCUCGGAUUCUACGAAGGGGGAUGUGGAGUAUCAGAAACAUUCCUCUAGUGGUAACGAAAUGGACUCCGGAGGAGCUAAAAGAGAAACAGGAGAUCACAUCAAUCCCAAUGUGGGUCUACCUAAAGAACGUUCCUUUGAACAUGUUCUCGUGGGAGGGCCUGAGCUUUAUCACAAGCGCAGUAGGACACCCGGUGAAGCUUCAUCCUGAAACAGCAUCGUGUUCCAAUUUCAAGCUUGCAAAAAUCUUUGUGAACGCGAAUUUGUCCAAGGAGUUGCCAAAGAAAAUCAACUUCACAAAGAAUGGGAAAGCUACUACGGUUGAGUUCAUCUACCCGCGACUACCAGUCCGCUGUCACACCUGCAGCAAAUGGGGGCACAUGGAAAAGGCUUGUAUCAUGAACAAAAAAGAAGAAACACAAAAAACAGUUACUGAGAUAAUAGAGGAAGGGUAUGCAAGGGAGAAGGCUAAAGAGCAUUUGGCUAUCACGGAGGGAAAUAAGGAAAUUCUAGAAAGUGGAAGUGGAAGUGGAAUGGAAAUGCCAGAGCAGAUAGAGGUUGAGAAAGUGAUAGAAGAUAUUGAAGAGGGUGAAGUGGUAGCGGGUUGGUCUGAUGUAUCACCAGGGAAAGUCAGUAACAGCCCCAAGAUAUCACCAUAA